AUCAUCUCCUCUCUCUCUCUCUCUCUCUCUCUCUCUCUCUAUAUAUAUAUAUAUAUAUAUAUACUGAGAGCUCUUUUGUGUCGCCUGUAAUUCAAUGGCUGAUUUUUCUUUUAGGAACAGAAGGCAGAGAUAUAUUGUAGAAGGUAGACUGGUGCUAAGAGUUAAAGUGGUUUAUACUUGUAGGGCAGCUAAUUGAAGAAGGCAGGUCUAAUUUUCAUGGAUAACAAGACCUCAUCCUCUUCACAUCCUGGCCCUCAACAAGAAGCUUCCAAUCAUGAUGAAUUUUUCAUGCAACAGAGCUUGCUUUUUUCUGAUACUAUUAAGGAUUUGAAAAUUUUAAGGGAACAGUUGUACUCAGCAGCAGAGUAUUUUGAAAAAUCUUACAGCGAAGAGGACCAGAAACAAGUAGUGGUGGAGACCCUGAAGGAUUAUGCCAUCAAAGCCUUAGUCAAUACUAUUGACCACUUGGGCUCCGUAGCAUACAAAGUUAAUAGCUAUUCCGAAGAAAAGAUCAGCCAAUUUUCAGCUCUGGAGCUUCGAUUCUCUUGCCUGGAACAGAGACUACAAACAUGCCAAGAGUAUAUCAACCAUGGGGGACUUUCUCAACAGGUUUUGAUGGUAGAAACUCCCAACUACCAAAAGCGAUACAUAUUUCCAGUUGAGGAGUCUGCAGACACCAAAUUAAAAUUUCACAAAAGAAGCUUCAGUGCUGAUUACAGUUCGUAUCAGUUCAAAAGUGCUGUUCAAGCAACAAUAAGGGGGACCUCUCCAUCUAUUUUCAGAGGAGGGCAUUCUACAUUACAGUCUCCACAGUUUUCCUCAAGACAAGGAAUUUUUACGUUUACAAAUACUUCGAUCAACAAAAAACCAGAUAAAAGAGCUGGCUCUCCACAGCGGUUUCCACUCAGGCGUCCUGGAUCCCUUCUUCCUAAGAGAGCAUUAUCUUUGAAUAAUUCUACCGUCAUCCGACAGUAUCUGCCACAGCCCUGGAGAUCAGUUUCAUUGUCUACAUAUCCUGAAAGAGACGGGGUAAACGAGAUUGAACAAUAUUCCAGCAAAAACAAACGCCUUAUUAAGGCCUUGCUUAACAUGCGCAAAUCCAGAAAGGAUCACACUUACAAAUAUAUGGAUGACAUUUGAAAGAAACUGGAGGCAUGGAAGGAACCAGAGAGACCUUUGUAGUUUUUGGCCCUAUUUUGUAAUCUAUUUUGUUUUAAUCUUCAAUCACCUUCUGCUGUUUUCCAGUGGAAGCAAGUGUGUUUAGCCUUC